UUAAAAAAUUAUUAAAAAAAAUUAUACUGUACAAUGCAGUCGGAUUCCUCUAUAAAAGGGGCCUCGUCGAUAGACGCGUUCUCCCGUUCCAUUAUCAGAUCUCUUUCUCCUGCAUCAAUUCAUAAUCCAUUCUCUCUUUUUUUUCCCCAUAAAACAGCCAUUGAAUUGAAGCUGAGUGGAGUCUUUCUUUAAAAAAAAAAAAAACUCAGAGUUUGUCGGAUUUUCGGCUCUUUUUUAGAGGUCAAGAGUGUUCUAGUGGUUAAAUCUGAGUUUUUAGAGCUGAUACAUGGCAUUUGAGCAGUAUUAUGCUCAGGAAUGGAAGACUGUCCCCAGUGCUUCAACAUCUGAGAAUUUGAAUGGUAGCUUUGACUGCAAUAUCUGCUUAGACUUUGCACAUGAGCCCAUCGUCACUCUUUGCGGCCACCUCUAUUGCUGGCCCUGCAUCUAUAAGUGGCUUCAUGUCCAGAGUGCCUCCCUUGCCUCACAUGAGCACCCACAAUGUCCAGUUUGCAAAGCUGAUAUAUCCCACACAACCAUGGUGCCCCUUUAUGGCCGGGGCCAAUCUGAAUCUGAGCUCCGAUGCAAGGCACUUUAUAGCAGUAUGGUGAUACCCCCUAGACCACCGGCUUGUGGUACCCAAGCUCUUUUAUCAACCACAUCCCCGAAUGGUCAGCAGCUUCCUUAUCGUAAUCCUUAUCAAAAUCAGAAUUAUAACCCCCAUACUUACUAUGAAGAAGAUUCAUCCUCACCAUUGCUUAACCUUGGAGGCACCACGGUGACUGGAUUUCAUCAUCCAAUGAUCGGGAUGUUUGGAGAGAUGGUAUAUGCAAGGGUGUUUGGAAAUUCAGAAAGCUUAUAUGCUUAUCCAAACUCAUAUUCCCUAACUGGAAGUGGUAGCCCCAGGUUGAGAAGGCAUGAGAUGCAGGCUGACAGGUCACUAAACAGAAUUUCAAUUUUCCUCUUCUGUUGUUUCCUUUUGUGCCUUAUUGUAUUUUGAGCUUCUCAUCGACCUUUCUGUAUACUUUGUAAAGAACGAGGAUGUAAACUUAUGGCAUAGCCGUAGAGGUAGAUGAGAUCAUAUUAUGUGAUAUAUAAUAGCAUAUUUUAUCUGAAAUUGAUAUACCAUUUUCGUCCAAUCUGCACUGGAAACUCCACAAACAAUGCCUAGAUGACAUUUUUAUUGGAACUAUUUCGUAACCCCAAAAUAAAAGAGAAUGAAGAAAGAAAAACAAUGAUUAUUUCAUUUUAAUAUGAGACAGGAUGUCUUUGUUAAUGAAGUAACUGCUUCCCCUACCAAGCUUUGAAUGAAUAUCAUAUUUGAAAAUAUAUUUGUCAACACCAGCCAUUUCAGGUUGAUGAGCAACUUGGCUGUACCAAUUCCUUUCAAUUUGCAACUUGUAUGUAGGGUUGUUGCCUUGUUGGUAAUUAAGGCAUUUGUCUCACUCAAGAUAUA